AUGGUAGCUCUUCAUUCUGACUUGGACAAGGGAGUGGGAAGUGUUAAGUACACAUUAUCAGGAGAUGGAGCUGGGACAGUGUUUACCAUUGAUGAGACCACAGGAGACAUUCAUGCCAUAAAGAGCCUUGAUCGUGAAGAGAAGCCUUUCUAUACCCUACGUGCUCAAGCAGUGGACAUAGAUACAAGGAAACCACUGGAGCCCGAAUCAGAGUUCAUCAUCAAAGUGCAGGACAUUAAUGAUAAUGAGCCAAAAUUCCUUGAUGGGCCUUAUGUUGCCAGUGUCCCUGAAAUGUCUCCAGUAGAUCAAGGUGAAAAGCUUCCAAAACACCAUUCUUUAUUGAACUGGGCUGCCCUUAGAAUACAGAGGGCAUAUGUACUUCAGGUCAAAGCAACAGAUGCUGAUGACCCAACAUACGGGAACAGUGCCAGAGUGGUAUACAGUAUUCUGCAGGGACAGCCGUAUUUCUCCAUUGAUCCCAAAACAGGUGUUAUAAGAACAGCCUUGCCAAACAUGGACAGAGAAGUCAAAGAACAAUAUCAAGUUCUCAUUCAAGCCAAGGAUAUGGGAGGGCAGCUUGGAGGACUGGCUGGAACUACUACUGUGAACAUCACACUCACUGAUGUCAAUGAUAAUCCUCCAAGAUUUCCCAAGAGUAUCUUCCACCUGAAAGUACCUGAGUCUUCUCUUGUUGGUUCAGCCAUUGGAAGAAUCCGAGCAGUGGAUCCUGACUUUGGGGAAAAUGCAGAAAUUGAAUACAUGAUUGUUCCUGGUGAUGGUGGGAAUUUGUUUGACAUCAGCACAGAUGAGAACACACAAGAAGGUGUCAUAAAGUUGAAAAAGCCAUUGGAUUUCGAAACUAAGAAGGCAUACACUUUUAAAGUAGAGGCCUCGAAUGUGCAUCUUGACCAUCGCUUCCAUUCUGUGGGUCCAUUCAAGGAUACUGCAACUGUGAAGAUUAAUGUAAUGGACAUAGAAGAACCUCCUGUUUUCAGCAAACCUUUUUACACCAUGGAGGUUUAUGAAGACACUCCAGUUGGGACCAUUAUAGGAGCUGUCACUGCUCAGGACCUUGAUGUUGGUAGCAGUACUGUCAGGUACUUCAUAGACUGGAAGAGUGAUGUGGAUGGCUACUUUACUAUAGAUGGUAUGGAAGGGACUAUUGCCACAAAUGAAUUGCUGGACAGAGAGAGCACUGCACAGUACAAUUUUUCAAUAAUUGCAAGUAAAAUCAGCAAUCCACUAUUAACCAGCAAGGUCAACAUUGUUAUAAAUAUCCUAGAUGUCAAUGAGUUUCCUCCUGAAAUUGCAGUGCCAUAUGAGUCAUUUGUGUGUGAAAAUGCAAGACCAGGACAGGUAAUUCAGACUGUUGGUGCAGCUGACAAAGAUUUGUCAGCUGCCGGGCAAAGAUUCUCCUUUCGCCUGUCACCUGAGGUUUCUACAAAGCCAAAUUUCACAGUCCAUGAUUUCAGAAACAACACUGCUGGAAUUGUGGCUAGGAGAAGUGGAUACAGUCGUCAGCAGCAGGAGCUCUAUUUCCUUCCAGUUGUGAUCGAAGACAGCAGCUACCCCAUCCAAAGCAGUACAAAUACAUUGACAAUUCGGGUGUGCAGAUGUGACUCUGAUGGCACUAUCCUGUCUUGCAAUGUCGAAGCCAUUUUUCUACCUGUUGGACUCAGCACAGGGGCUUUGAUUGCAAUCUUGCUGUGCAUUGUUAUCCUCCUAGUCAUUGUGGUUUUGUACGUAGCGCUGAGACGGCAGAAGAAAAAAGACACCCUCAUGACCUCCAAAGAAGACAUCCGAGACAAUGUCAUCCAUUAUGAUGAUGAAGGAGGUGGUGAAGAGGACACCCAGGCCUUCGAUAUUGGGGCCCUGAGGAAUCCAAAAGCAAUUGAGGAUAACAAAAUACGGAGGGAUAUAAAGCCUGAUGCACUCUGCCUGCCUCGGCCACGACCACCCACAGAGGACAACACCAAUAUCAGAGAUUUCAUAAAUCAAAGGCUGAGAGAAAAUGAUGGGGAUCCCUCAGCUCCCCCUUAUGACUCACUAGCGACAUAUGCUUAUGAAGGAAAUGGCUCUGUCGCCGAAUCUCUCAGUUCUAUAGAUUCACUUACCACAGAGGCAGACCAGGAUUAUGACUAUCUGAGUGACUGGGGACCACGUUUUAAAGUCUUAGCAGAGCUGUUUGGAGAAGAAGAAAGUUAUAAUCCUGAUAAAGUCACUUAGCUGGAGAAGUGGAGGAAAAGGAAGCCCACAACAAAUUUUAAAAUAAACUAGCUUUAUAGGACACAAAUCCUUUGACUUAUAAGAGACAGCAGCUGCUUCCAGCCAGUUCCUAUAUUUAUCAUACCAUCAAUCUUGGUUUACCUAUUUGUCAGGGGAAGGAUAAUCCUUGACUGACUUUUUUGUUCUUGUUGUUGGUUGAAUUUUAUUUUUUUAUUAUUCCUUUGGAGAUUCACUGAGACAAUCUCAGGCCUAUUAGCUAAAAUUUAUUGGUACAACAGCAGAGAAAGAAGGAUAGCUUUCUGGCAUCAUGGUGGAAGAUUGGUAGAUUUUUCUUAAUUCCACUGAAGUGCCUAUUGAAACUCUUACAUUUAAAGUGGAAAUGACUGCAGCAAUGGAGCUAAGGAAAACAGAUAUAAAAGGGAG